CUCAGUUUUCCUUCGCUGUGGGACGGAAAGUGGUUUUUCAGCGCUCGCGAGUUUGUCGUGUCAUCAAAUGGUUUUGCGUUUUGGAUCGUUCCUCGGUUGUGUUUGAAAGUAUCGUGUGUCGUGAAAAUUACUUCUGAAAGGAUUCCCAAUUCGGUUGCGGACGGUUCCAAAUCCUGGCGAUAAACAGUCGUCCAGCAGGCAGAAGCAGCACGGAACAGAAAAAGCCCGGCAGUAAUUUUCACGCAGUUUUCCCCGAGUACGGGUUAUCGGUGAAACCGGCUGAAAUACACACAGUGCUACUACACAGUGGUGAGUGAAAACUCGUCUGUUACAGUGACUCGUCGUUCGGUUCGGUGAUUUCGAGAAAAGAUUCACAAGAAUAAAAGCGAAAAAAAAAACACACAAUCGCGAAAGUGCUGACCUUCGAUGAGAUUCGAAUCGCGUGCGAUCUGAAGAAGUGUGUGAAAAGUGGUAAGAUUUAGGCAUGUGCGAUUUAUUUGGAUACCUUCUACACAUACCCCGAGAUUGACUCAUUCGGCGAUCGUCGAGGAACGGUUGCAUUCAGCGCUUUCAAGCAAGCAGUACGAUUUUGACGAAAUAAUCAUUGGAUUAUCUGAUCAGUACACAUUGCUGCGAUCCAAAGCGUGAACAUUGCGCUUCCCCGUGACACGGCACGGUAAACUCCCUGUGUACAACAUCACCUUUUUCCAUCCCCCCACAUUGAAGAGCAGUGUUGUCUAGAGGAUUAAAGCAAAAAGUUCUGUCCAAACAAGAAGAACAAGAAAAGCAAGGAAUACGCAAACAAUCACAGCAAGCCUUGUUGCGAGUGUUUCAGACAAAAAGUUUUUCUUUCAUUCUAACUCGAAUGGUGCAGAAUCAGAAGUGCUGAACGGCAGUGUUGCAACGCGGAGAAAAACCAAGAAGAUCAGCUCAAAAAGAAUCAGUUCCUCGUUUAAAGAAGACGUCGUGAAGGAAGAAGAGUGGUGUUUUCUCUUUUUUUUUUCGGAAGCCAAGUUACAAGUGAAAAUCUGCAGUGCAGUGUGCAAGUGUGCAAGAGUGUCGUUGCAACAGAAAUCUAUCCGUUCUAUUUUAGGCGUUCUUCUGCUGUGAAGCAGAUCGUUUUAGAAGCAAGUUUGGUCGUGUGACCUUUUUGCAAGACGAGAAGAAGAACUUGAAGAAAAUCGAAAGUGAAUCGCACCGUUUCCGGUUCUACGUCGGCUGGACUCAUACCGGGAAGGGAGAAACUUGCUCGUGUUCUCUCCCUGCUCCUCCCCUAUCGGCAUCACCACCGUUAGCAUCAACAACCAUCCGUACUUCGCCUGUGUCCGAUUGUCAACUGGCAAAAUUGCGCACCUACUACUCCUAGGCCUCUGCUAGUCCGGAGACAGAAUGGAGCGCGAGUCGAAUCCAAUGCAGCCGAUGUGUAGAUCAGGUUGUGGAUUCUACGGCAAUCCCGCACAGGAUGGCUUAUGUUCAGUAUGUUAUAAGGAUUCCCUAAGAAAAAAGCAGCAACCGCCAGUGAGUAGUACGCCAGUCACUUCCAGUGCGCCUCCGCCGCCUCCGUCUGGUGGCCUCUCGAGUGCUGCUACCUCCAUCAACCUCGGCACCGUUGUCACAUCGCAGAUCUACACCAGCACAGCAGCAGCCGCCUCCACAGCCUCCGUCUCCGCCAGCGCCACCUCAAUCUCACCAGUCACAGUGACAAACACCGCACAGCCCACAGUCCACAGUGCGAUCUUUAGUUCCGAAAUCAAGGAUAAAAUCGACGAUGAAAGUGAAGCGAGCUGCAGUGGAUCUAGUAAUAACUCCGCCGAUGGUGACGACAAGGACGGCGACAAAGACAGUAAGAAGAAGAAGAACAGAUGCGCAACUUGCCGCAAGAAAGUUGGACUGACUGGCUUCGAAUGCAGAUGUGGUGGCCUCUACUGCGCGAUACAUCGAUACAGUGAUAAGCACGAAUGCUCGUUCGACUAUCGGGAACUGGGUGCGGCGGAAAUUAGACGUAAUAAUCCUGUCGUGGUCGGAGAGAAAAUUCAAAAAAUUUGAACACUCGUGCCAUCUAAUAUCUAUUAAUAUACAUAUACAUAUAAUUCAAUUUAAUCUUAAUGAAAUAUAAAUAUAAAAUAAUUAAAAAGGAGAAAAAGAAAGAAAAGAAAGCAAGGUUUAAACAAAACACAAACACACACACAGCUACAGCAAACAUACAAAAACACAGCAGCGGAAGCGAAUGAAAAAAAUCCUUAUACAUAUUGCUACAAUAAUAAAUGCAAGGAAAUGUAAAGUUGAUGCUAGUAGUUACAUUUCGUAAAUUUAAAGUAAAUUGGACAACGCUGAAAAUAGUAUAUAAUUUCAAGGCACACAGACACACUCACUCAUCCAAACAAUUCAGUCAGACAAAUAAUCGCAACACACAUGCGACGCGCAUACACCAAGGGGUUUAUUAGCGAAACAUUAGCUCACGCAUACACAGAACAAAAAGAUUACUCCAAACAGCAUAGAAACAGUUUGCCAAUUAAUUUUGUAAAGUUUGUUCGCUUGUAAAUUAGUUUUGCCUCACACAAUCAUAUGUACUACCUUAAACUACUACCUUACCUACCUACUAAUGCGAAAAACUAGUAACCGGAACUGAGAACAACUGGAGUGUGUGUGUUGGGUGAGCCAUUGUUUUUCGGUGAUUCUGUGAUUUACUGCUGCACAACUUGGUGUGGUGUGUCUCUGUGCGUGUGUGCUCGUGUGUGUGUGUGUGUAUGUGUGUCCUGUCCGUGUGCAGCGUUUGCGACACGAAAUGAUUCGGGAAAAGAACCUACUAUCGCUACUAUUACUACUGCUGCGACAGUCUAUGUAGAUAUACACACUAGGACUAUGUUGUUUUCACAAUGCCCUCUCCUCUGUUUCUGUUUUUGAGAAUUUGUGCUUCUUGUUUUUUUUUCCCACUCAAUUUGCCUUUUGUAAAAUGUAUAUAAAUCCCUUUGAAAUUGUUUUUUUUUAAUUCAACAAACAAGAAAUAACACACAACCACACACACUCUGUCGAUUAGGAUGAUAAUGGAUAGUACGGACAUGCGCUAUUACCCAUUUCUACCUAAAAGAAAGAAGCAAGCAAAAGAAACGUGUUUAGAAAGUAUGUACUAUUCGGCUAGGUAAGGACUAUCUGCGGAAAGUGGUGAAUAAGGAGCUAAAAAACAACGUGUGUGAAUGAAUAUAUAAUGAUUAUAAUAAAUAGGUAGAAAUCGAGCGAAAUAAAAACAGAAAAUAAAGAAACAAAAGUGUAAUCCAGUCAGAGAGCAGAACAGUUUGAAAAAAUAAAAACUGAAAACUAAAGAAGGGGAAGUAAAAAAAAAACGCAGAAGAAGGAAAAGAAAGUA